GACUGAGUGUGUGCAGUGUGCUGCCAGUCUGUGAGCUGGAGAGACACUCAAGGGAGAAAUCUUUGCAGACAAAACUUUGGGAAAUACUUUUUUUUUCGACUUUGGAUGCACAUAGAAGAUCUUUCUUUGUGUUUUUAUUUCCUCGGAAAGUUGGUUUAUAUCCACUGAGAGCUGCAAUGCUUCUCUACCUCCUGACUUUUGCUGCCACCGUCCAAGCACACAGCCAACUGUUGCCUGGCUCCUGCAACUUUGAGUCCAACACCUGCGGAUACACGUCAGAUGCUGACUUUGCAAGCUGGACGCUGUACAAAGAUGGCCGUUUCGUUGCCGUGGAUGCCGUCCCAGCUGAUGUCGAGGAUGACAAUUCAGAUGCAUAUCCUGGACCACAGAAAGAGACCAUAGGCAUCCUUCUGAGCCCGGCUCUGGAGCAGGAUGAGUGGAGCUGCCUGAGGCUCGUCUAUCAGAUCAGCGGGUCGGGGAGUCUGACGGUGCUGCAGCGUACCGAGGGGAAGAGCUUCGACAGGCCACUGUGGAACAGCCAGGAGGCCUCUGACAGCUGGGUCAUCUCAAGCAUGGACCUGCAGAACAACACUGAUCCCUACAGGGUUGUGGUUGAAGGUAAACCUGGAGCGAGCCCUGGGAGCAGCGUGGCCAUCUUUGAGAUCCACAUCAGCCCCGGAUACUGCCUGGACUGUGAUUUUGAGGAGUCUCACCUGUGUGGAUACAGUAAUCAGUGGAACGCUAAUGUCAACUGGUUUGUUGGAGGAGGGAUGGGGCAGCUGCUCCACAACGACAUGCCCAAUGACCACACAUACAACAACAAGACGGGUCACUUGAUGUACGUGGACUCAAUCUACGCCAAGACUUUCAAAGAAGUAGCCAAGCUGGUGUCUCCAAUGACGAUGGUGCCGAUGUCAGGCUGCCUGAGCUUUCAGUACCAGCGUAGCGAGGAGAGAGGAAACCUGUUUUCCGUUUACACCAGAGAUAAACUGGGUCAGUACCAGGAGCUGUGGAGGGCAGGGAAAGAGAAUCAGAGCGACUGGAGCACGACACUGGGAGAAUGGGUACCUGUGCAGGUGGAUCUGAAGGCACCGUACUCUGUACAGGUGGUCUUUGAAGUGGCCUUUAACAGCCCGAGAGGCGGACGCAUUGCAGUUGAUGACAUUUCCUUUUCUCCAGAGGUUUGCAGCACAGACUCUGAGCCGACAUUUGACCCCUCCAUUGCCAACUGUGACUUUGAGUCAGGUCUGUGUCGGUACACCCAGGACCAGGCAACCGGCUCAUGGAGGAGAAUAUCUGUGAAGCCAAAUAUUUUCAGGAAUGGAGAUCACACCACAGGAGCAGGAUCUUUCUUGUUGGCUCACUCUCGACUGAACCCACGCUCCGGUUAUGUUAAUCGUCUGAUCAGUCCAACUCUCCCCGGGAACACGAAGUUCUGCCUGAGAUUUUACUUCUCUCUGCGGGGAAUAACUCUGGCAACGGAAGGUUUCAACCAGACGGACCGAGCUCUCGCUGUUUAUCUGCAGCAGCAGCCGAACGGCAGCCAGGAGAAGAUCUGGACACAAGGAGAGAAAUCCAGAGGAAUCUGGAUUGGGGCAGAUGUCACAUUUCAGACGUCGAAGCCCGCCAAGGUGGUCUUUGUCAGCACCUGCAGGAGCUUCUGGGAUUGCGGUUCUGUGGCUUUAGACGAUAUCAGUGUCAGCCUUGGAGACUGUGAGCUAACGGCAGGGUACUUGUCCUCACCCAUCCCAGGACACUGUGACUUUGAAAAAAGUCUGUGCGGUUAUACCCAGGACAAACAGAGCGAUGAUGCUGACUGGGAGUGGAGGAGAGGGCCAACCCCAACCUCAUACACUGGACCCAGAGGAGACCACACCACAGGACUGGGACACUACAUUCACCUGGAGGCGUCGCCCUUACUUCCUGGUCAAAGCGUCCGGCUGCUGUCCUCCAAUCUGAGGGGCUCCAGGGGGCCUCAGUGUCUGCGUUUCUUCUACCACAUGUAUGGCUCCGGCACGGGACAGCUCAACAUUCGCCUCAGCAAGGACGGAGCCGACCAGCUGCUGUGGCAAAGGAAUGGUGAGCAGAGCGUCGCCUGGCUGAGAGCAACUGUGGAGUACCAGUGUGACUGCCAGCAUCAGAUUGUGUUUGAAGCCACCAGAGGUUCAUCAGUAAGGAGCGACAUCGCCAUUGAUGACAUUAUCUUAGAAGGUGGACCUUGCCCAGUAAUGGAUAUCAAGACCUCUGUGGGAACCUCCAAUGAGAUCGAGUAAAAAAGGAUGAGAUCAGCUGUGUAGGAUGCAUGAACCCUGUAUUUUUGCACAUUACAGACUCCUACAUGGAGGGAGGGUAGGGAUUUGGGUAAAAAAAAAAAAAAAA